AUGCAAAUAAUAAUCAACCACUGUGCUGCGCAGGCGCUUUGAGCGAUGGUCUCAAAGCUGUUAAAUGGGCAACGGACUACUUCAUCAAGGCCCACGUUAGUGCCAACGUAUUGUAUGGACAAGUGGGUGAGGGAGGCCCAGACCACGCAUACUGGGGACGUCCAGAAGACAUGACUAUGAGCAGACCCGCCUACAAGAUCGACACGUCGCACCCAGGUUCUGACCUGGCCGCUGAAACUGCGGCUGCCCUCGCUGCAGCUUCUAUCGUGUUCAAGAGCAGUGACUCCUCUUACGCCAACACCCUGCUCACUCAUGCCAAGCAGCUUUUUGACUUCGCCAAAAAUUAUCGCGGCAAAUACAGUGAUUCUAUCACCGAUGCGCAGAGUUACUAUGCGUCUGGAGAUUACAAAGAUGAACUGGUAUGGGGAGCCGUGUGGCUGUAUAGGGCAACCAACGACAACAGUUACCUGACCACUGCUGAACAGCUAUAUAACGAAUUCGGCCUCCAGAACUGGAACGGUGGAUUCACCUGGGAUUCCAAGAUCUCUGGUGUAGAGGUUCUACUGGCGAAGAUCACAAACAAACAGUCUUACAAGGACAAGGUUUCAGGCUACUGCACCUACAUCUCGACUUCGCAACAGAAGACACCCAAGGGUCUCGUGUACAUUGACCAAUGGGGUUCCCUGCGCAUGGCUGCCAAUGCGGCCUUCAUCUGUGCUUCGGCUGCGGACCUAGGCAUCAAUGCUGACAGUAAUCGACAGUUUGCCAAGAAGCAGCUGGACUAUAUACUGGGAGACGGUGGCCGCAGCUACGUCAUAGGUUAUGGCAAUAAUCCACCCACUCACCCUCAUCACAGAUCCAGCUCGUGCCCCGACGCACCGGCGGUAUGUGACUGGAACACGUACAACAGCGCGAGUCCCAACUACCACGUGCUCACAGGUGCCUUGGUAGGUGGCCCAGACAGCAGCGACAACUACAAGGACGAGCGCAGUAACUACAUCUCCAACGAGGUGGCCACUGAUUACAACGCGGCCUUCACUUCACUUCUGGCAUAUUUCAGCAAGUAGAAACAGUGACCUGACACGCCACUUUCCCUGUCACUACCAGAUCGAAGCGUAUUCGAAGUGACAACAGAAAUGUAAUAUACACAAGAGACGCUCAAUAAAAUGUUUGCCUGCA